AUGGUCGGGAUUGAGACAAUGGUAUUGAAACCGAAUCUUGAUGCUGAAGUUUGUCCAGUUUGUGGCGAUCGUGUUUCCGGAUAUCACUAUGGAUUAUUAACGUGUGAAAGUUGCAAGGUUAGUUAGUUAGUUGGGGGGAUCGAAAGUGAUAAGGUCAUCUGGGUCUCUCUCAAGGACUUUUUGGGUGGACAGUCAUUUAUUUUUUAUUUUUUUUAUUUUACGUUAGGUUUGUUUCUAAUUUUUUAUUAAUUAAUUAACAAAUUUUUGUAUUUCCAGGGUUUCUUCAAACGCACAGUUCAAAACAAAAAGGUAAGCAAAUAUUUUUGAUCUCUUGAUUUUGAUUCUCAAAUAUUUUAAAUGGAAUUUUUUGAAUCAGAUUUUUUAAAAAUUACUCAAGUUUCCACCAACCCAAUCUCUGUUUCCAGCAAUAUCAAUGUUCUGCCGAUUCAAAUUGCCACGUGGAUCGAACCUGUCGAAAACGUUGUCCAAGUUGUCGAUUUCAAAAAUGUAUAUUAAUGGGCAUGAAAAUGGAAGGUAAGUUGAUCCUGUCACCAAUAUAUCAAAUAUCUGUUCUGUUUAUUCCACAAUAAUUUAUCUGCUAAUCUCAAAAGCCUUCCCGCUUACCGCUCUAGCGAUAUAGAUUGUAUCACAUAGGUGUGCGCAAAAGAGCAUCUAUGAGACGAGUUGUCAUCAAAUUAUAAUUACCGUAUGUUGUGCAAACAAACCGAUUAUCUCAUUUAGUUUAGGCAGAUUACCUUCCCAAAAUUCUUUAUUUCAAUUUUCGAUUUCACUUUAGAAAAAUUGCGCAAUGGAUUUAUUUAUUGCUUCAUCUUGUCGCACUUGCGCAAAAAAAAUCGCUCGAAAGCAAGAAAAAACGAUAUUGAAAGUGAGAUAUGGAAAUAUAUAUAUAUAAAGAAAGAAAGGAAAACCGGUAUUUUUUAUACCUGCCUUUCUCUCCCCCAGGCCCCAUUUCAUAUCUCAUUUUCAUGGAUAGCCAAAAAAAAUGGAAUGUGAAGGUGUAGAAAAAAAACUUGAGUAGGGGGUACGGUACAAAGGAAUGAGCCGGGGGAGCGCAGAUAAUUAUAGGAUGCGUUUUGCGAACAUACCUACAACAAACAGGGCAGCCGACCACUCAAUUGGCAGGUAGAAGAGAGGUCCAUAACAAUGCGCCAAAAAAAAUAGAAUAGAGAGGAUAAUGACAGCCGCAAACGAACUCGAAACAAAACAAAAAAAAAACUAAAGUGUCGGAACCUAAUAGUAAUUAUUUAGCGGUUCGUGCGGAUCGAAUGAGAGGUGGUCGUAACAAGUUUGGCUCGUUUUACAAAAGAGAUCGGGCACAUCGAAUGCAGCGGAACGCAAUGAGGGUAAAUGCGGCACUAGUGCCAUCAAAUGGUCAACCGUUUUACCAUACCGAACAUCAGGUGACAAGCAGCACUCCUGAUCCGACUGCUCAACAUCAGUACUUCGAUCAAGCAAAGGUGAAGACCGAAUAUAUCAAGGCUGAUUAUGAUGCGCUUCUUCAAAGUCCAACAUUGUCUAGCAGCACAACGAAUCAGCAAAGUAAGAUUAUUUUAUUGAUUUUUUUGUUAUACUCAUACUAACCAAUUUUCUAUUCAGAUUUCAUUAUCCGGCCUAACCCAUAUAUUGAGCAACAAGAAUCAUUGGCAACACUUCUUGGAACAUCCAUAGAUGAUCAAGUUCUUCGAGCGCAAAAUUUCCCUGGCUACGCGUCUGCUGUCAAACAGGAGCCUUUCGAUUAUAGCGAGCAAUUCAUCCAUCAUCAACUCCAAGACUAUUCCGCAUUUCACGCCACAACUGCUGCUAGUUAUAUGCAUAUGAUCCCAAUCACAACAUUGUCAAGUAGCACUCAAGUUACAAGUACAUCUUCCAGUAAGUCCAAACUGCCUUCGGAGGUGAUCUUUAAUUUAUUUCAAUUUGUUGCAGACUCGGGACAAGGAUCUAAUCGAUCAUCCCCGAUUCUUCCACUUUGCCCAGUUCCAACCGAGAAAACUGUAGAUCAAUUUUAUAAUUCUACACUUACCGAAAUGUGCAAAGGCUUGCCAGAUGAGGCAAAAGCUCCAAGAACAUUGAGUAUGGUUGCAAGAGUUUGUAAACCUGAUCCGCUGAUUUUUGCGAUGGAUGUUGCUGAAGAAAAUUUGAAAGAUUUGGUAUCCUGGGCAAAAACUGAUCAAUAUUUCAGUAAAUUAAGUGUGAGUUCACCUAAAACAAACAUCAAUUUCCGGUAGAUCAAAUAAUUUUGACCGACUAUUCAUCUUUUCUAGUAUUAUGAAGUGGUCAUUUCCGAUUAUAAAUUGCUCUAUUAUCUAUUAUAUUUUUUAUAGAUGGACGAUCAAAUGAACCUUCUUCAAGCCUCAUGGGCAACAAUUCAUAUUGUUGAUCUAACAAAUUCAAUGGUUCGAGGAGAACUUCCAUUAUCUUUCAAAAUUUCCAGCGGACAAGAGUGAGUAUUCAAAAUAAGAAAAACCAAAGGGGGAUAUUUUAUAGCUAUGAGAUAACAGCGAUAAAUUGUUGCCGCCGUUUAUAGUAAGGUGUUGCGCAACACGUUUAGAUGGAUUUGAUUAGAGGAUCCUCGCAAUUAUAAAUAUAAUCCAGUGAAAAAUGAUUAAAUAAUAUUAUUGUAGGGUGCCGACUGGUUAUAUUGCUCUUCUUGGCAAUCAAAAUUUGGUGGCGCAAUGGAAUGAUAUAGUUGUGCGGCUUCGCAAUCUCGGAUUUAAUAAAUACGAUUAUUGCGCAUUCCGAUUCUUGGCCCUAUUUGAUCCACAAGCCGACACGAAUAGUUUGAUCAACACUGUUCGACAUCAAGUAUUACGAUCAUGGGGUGAAGUGAGAUGCACAACAGUUUUGCUCCAAAUUUUCGAACAAAUCAGGUAUGACCUUUUAUAAACCUUUAUAACCUUAUUAUAGUCGAGUAAUUAAAAGUUUUGUAUUCAUAAUAUGUAUGCUCCUCUCAUUGAAGCGUAUACACAGCAGGUGACUAAGGUUGUCACUUAAUUGUUCUCCUGACUUCUCCUAAAACAUAUUAUAAUAAUUAUUAAUUAUGAUGAUUUUACUUUGCAGACGUAUAUCUGUUGAAGCUCAAGAAUAUCUUGCUGAACGAUAUAAUAGCGGAGCAAUGGGACCACCAUCAAACACAUCACUUUUAUGUGAAAUGCUUCGAACAACUCGACGAACAUGUCCAGUUUACACAUCAACUGCUGGUUAUAUCCCAUAA